CUGGCUUUCUUAAUGCCAAAUUAAUAUUUUUGUUUUUUUUUAAUAAUGAUUACCGCCAUGUCAAAAACCUUCUCUAGAACUCUGUGAUUCGCCAAAAAAUCUUGCCAAUAGAGUUAAAAUCUAACACUCUUCUCUCAUUCCACCUACCUACCUACCUACUUACACACAAAAAUGAUUUCACGUCGCAAGAUUAUUUCACGUUCUUUGGAUAAUUUGGAUGCCAUAGGUCCAAAUGCGGAAGAAGAGGAGGACGUUUGGUAUGACAAAGAGAAACUGUUUAGGGAUCACAUAAAUGAGGUUUUAAGCAAAUGGGAACAAAUCGAUGACGAGAUAUGGGCUAAAAUUAUUGUUUUCGAAAAGAACCGCAGAGUAGCCAAGGCCUAUGCUAGAUCCUCGGUGAUAUCCAUAAAUGGUUCUAAGCAAGGCUUUGAUGGUGUCAGAAUUGGUUUAAAUGGUUUUGAGAAUCCAAUGCGCGAUUCCGAAAUAAAGGUGAUUAAAAAAUCCAUAGGCGAUGGUUUUAAAAUUAAAAUGGACGAAAUUGGCAAUGUGUUUAUAAAACGCUACGGCAAGAGUGGUGUAUUUGUGCACAAUACCAGUCAAACAAAUGAGGAGACGGUAAUUGGAGCAGAUAUUUUGCAAAUGUCCAAUAUGGCAUUGACAGCAAGCACUUCAGCAAAGCUUUUCGAUAUGCGUAAAUUUACCACAAACAUUAAUCGGGAAUUUGGCCGUUCGUAUCCCGAAAAUGCCCGCUUGGAACGCCAAUGCCUCUCAGCCAUAUCACUGGUCAAAUCCAAUAAUAAUCUAAUCAAUUGCCCCUUGUGGAUACUGGUCAUAAAUGUGGUAGCCAUCGAUAUGCUUAAGAAUCGUUUACAAACGAUACCCAAAUCCAUAGAUGCCAUGACCACGCGCAUUGGUAAUGGUGGCGGUGCGGGCAGUGAGGAUCCAUAUUCGACCAUUGAAAGUCAAGUGGGCUUGAUAUAUCCCACACCUGCGGCCUCGGAUGAUUCGAAUACAUCAUCGAACUCAUCAAGUAAGGGCAGACGCAGCCUGUACAAUAUUGGAAAUUAUUUGGAUGAUAGUCACUUUGUGCCAAAGCCCGAUUAUGAAAUCUACAAUCAAUCAGUGCCAAGUCUAAACACUAAGGCAAACAAAAAAUCAUCGCCUCCUCCACAACAACGUAAAAAACAAGAUGAUCCUUAUUACUGUGGUCUACUGGCACGUAUACCCAAUUUCAUUAAGUCAUCGAAAAACUCGAGCUCAAGCGGUAGCAGUAAUAAUACAAAAUUAAGCAAAAAGGAUGCUAAGAUAGCACGCAAAAUAUCGGCUUCUCAACAGCAAUUGAUUCACAUGCAACAAUCGCAGCAGUCACAUCCUUUACCGAUUGCUACUUUCCAUCAGAUGUAUAAUCCCACACAUUCAUAUUAUCCAUACAGACUCUAUCCACAAAAUCAUCGUUUGUCGCAAUCACAGUUGUCUUUAUGGGAUUCGCGUAGUUUAAUUAGUGCGCAUGAAUAAGCUAAACAUAUGGGUCCUGCAAACAGCCUUAACCGAUGAUGGUGAUGCAAGGAAGCAAUAUUAACUAUUUAUGUCUUUUGUUUUUUAUAAUUUUUAGUAUUAGACAUAAUUUAUAUAGUGCCGUUAUAUUUUUCAAAAUUUUUCAUUUUUUCUUUUGAAAGUUGUCUACGCGUGUGCAGCUUACUUCCAUGUGAUUUUACACUUUGUUUAUCUAAGUCGAGUUAAGAAGGGAAGCGUUGGUUAUGCGCUUCAGUUUGAACUUAAUUUAGUUUUUUUUUAAUAAAUUUGCAUGCAUAUUUAUUUCAUAUGUAUGUGUGGGCUUAUAUGCUCUUGAUUAACGAAUAAAUACUCGUCAUUUUUUACUUAAUAAUGGACUAUUAAGAUUUGAAGAUUACUUGAGCAAAUUCGUUUUGCACAAAUUUUCCCACAUGAUCUUCAAACAUAAAUGGCCCAUAAUAGAUCUACAUAGAUAAGUCAUGAAAUAAUAUCUUAUAUUGCCAUAGUUUUCUUAAUCGUUUGUUAAUUAUUGCAAAUUUAAUAUUUAAGACUGAAUAUGUCCUCUUUUAUUUUAGUUAUACACAUAUAUAAAAGC